CGAAGCUGUACAGACGAACGCGAUCGCGGUUUCGAAGGAGCGACUGUUCGACGAAAGGUCGAACCCGCGAUAUAACGCACCCGACUCCGAGCGUUCCGUUGAUUUUCUCACUGUCACCAUGACGGACAAGGAGAAAAAGCCGUCCAAGGCGAGAAGGGUCUCUCUCGGAGUCGGUGGUGCCAUGGUGGAGCUGCCGCUGGAUCCUGAACGGGGUAGCUGGGCCAACCCCAUCGAGUUUGUUCUAUCCUGCAUCGGGUAUGCCGUUGGCAUUGGCAAUGUUUGGCGUUUCCCUUACCUUGUGUAUCGUAACGGUGGUGGCGCCUUCUUACUACCGUUUAUUCUAAUGUUAAUUACGAUGGGACUGCCAAUAUUUUUUCUGGAACUCGCGAUCGGCCAAUACACCGGCCUCGGUCCAAAUGAAACGUUCACACGGAUGGCACCGGCGUUUCAGGGCCUCGGUUACUGUACCCUCGUCGUCAUUACGCUGGUGAUGAUCUACUAUAUGGUAAUCGUCGCGUGGAGCCUCUUCUACAUAUGCGUCUCGUUUAUACCGAAACUCAGCUGGGCCUACUGCGACAACGACUUCAACACGAAUAAUUGUUACAGUGGGCUGCAACAAAUAGAAUGCCAGGAGAACGACUCGCAGAGUAUGUUUUACAACAAAACCUGCAUGUCCAUCGACGAGGUUUGCAAGAGCCUCGGCUACAACGAUGGUGGCAACGUCACCGACUGCUUCCGGGGCAACGAAGCGACACCACUCCGACAUCUUUAUAAGCGGGUGUUGUCCUCGGAGGAGUACUUCAGCGACUACGUUCUGGGCUUGCGCGGAGCCACGUGGGAAAAUUUCGGAGGCAUAAGAUGGGAAUUGCUAGGAUGUCUCACCCUCGCAUGGAUAAUCUGCUUCCUGUGCCUGAUGCGCGGUGUCCAGUCCAUCGGGAAGGUCGUCUACUUCACCGCUCUUUUCCCUUACGUCAUGCUCACGGCGUUGCUGAUACGAGGUGUCACGCUAGAUGGUGCUGGUGAAGGUUCCCUUUGGUUUAUCACUCCCGAUUGGUCAACGCUGGGCGAAGCUAGCGUCUGGGCGGAUGCUGCUUCUCAAGUAUUCUAUUCCCUUGGAAUCGGUUGUGGAUCUCUAAUCACACUCUCCAGUUACAGCAGCUUUACCAACAACUGUCACAGGGAUGCGAUCUUCGUGACAGUGACGAAUUUGCUCACCUCCAUUUUCGCUGGUUUCGUGAUAUUCUCCAUCAUGGGGUUCCUCGCCCAUGAGAUGCAGAUGCCUAUCAACGAGGUGGUGCAAAGUGGCGCAGGAUUGGCGUUCAUCGCUUACCCAGAAGCCGUCGUGCGGAUGCCUCUGUCAAACGUCUGGGCCGUUCUGUUCUUCUUUAUGCUGUUCAUCCUUGGCCUUGGUAGCCAAUUCGCAGGCGUGCAGGCGAUAAACACCGCCAUAUUGGACCUGCGACCAGAUUUGCGAAAACACGAGAGCUACGUGGUGCUCGGGAUAUGCGUCACUUGCUGGCUCCUCGCUAUACCGAUGGUGUUCGACGGCGGUAUUUACCUGUUCACCCUGAUGGACUGGAACACCGCUUCUUGGGCGAUACUAUUGAUCGGCGUCGCCGAGGUCGGCGUGGCGAGCUGGUGUUACGGCUGCAACAAAUUCCUGCGUAACAUUGCCGAAAUGCAAAUGAGGUUCGGCUGUUUGCUCCACAACUAUUGGUGGUUCAGCUGGGUCGUGCUCGCGCCUAUCACUUGUCUGGGGGUGUUCGUGUAUCAAAUAUAUACGUACGAGUUGGCUUAUUAUGGCACGUACAUAUUCCCUGACUGGGCGAACGCGAUCGGAAUACUGAUCGGGCUGUCGACCCUCGCACCGAUGCCGUUCUUUUUCAUCCGACGGCUGUGGAAAGGACCGAGGGAUUGGAGUUUAUUUCGACCCAAGAAGUCGUGGGGACCGGCAGGCCAGCAAAGUACAGGUAACGACACCCCGUCCACGGCGUCCAUCAAGAUGGUGGCGUCUGGGGACCAACCGAACUCAGUCGACGUUUUAUAAUUUAAUAAAAUUACAUCGCUUUUUUAUACAAU